GCCUGUGAUUCUUGGGGUGUGUCUACCCCGGAUUCUACGGCGUCGGCAUAUUCACCCGUUCAACAGACCUUUAUAGCUAGCCCCAAGGCUUGCGAUGCAAAGGUAGUCAACAUUCUUCUACCUACAUAUUGUAACAUAUCCUAAACCAUGUCGACACCCAAGAUUGGAGGCGAAUACGGCGAGAUUCGUGCCAAUAUCGACGUUGACAAGUUGAACGCAUAUAUAGACAGGCAUGUCGACGCUGUCGCUGCACCGGUAGCCGUGAAGCAGUUCAAGUUUGGACAGUCGAACCCCACAUACUUCCUUACAGACGCAAAGUCGAAGAAAUGGGUUCUUCGGAAGAAACCAGGAGGCCAACUACUUUCUUCCACCGCUCAUCAGAUCGAGCGCGAGUAUACAAUGCUCCACGCUCUUCACAAGCACAAUAUCAACCCAUCUACUAAACCAGAACAGCGAGUACCUGUUCCGGAACCUGUAACUCUAUGUGAGGAUAAGGAAGUGAUCGGCACUCCGUUUUAUAUAAUGGAGUUCGUGGAUGGAAGGAUAUUCACGAACGCUAGGAUGCCAGAAGUGGAUAAGAAGACGAGGAGGGAGUGCUGGCUGGCUGCUAUUAAGGCUUUAGCAGCCCUUUCCUCUCUCGACCCUGCUGCUCUGGGACUGAGCAGCUUCGGACCCAACUCUGACUACUUCCCUCGUCAAAUAAAAUCUCUCACACGGGUGUCCCUAGCCCAAUCUCAAGCUGUCGACAUUGAGACCAACAAAGCAGUUGGCAAGAUCCCAUACUUUGACGAGCUGAUUAAAUGGUAUAAAGAGCAUUUACCCGACGAGAACAAAACGGGGUUGAGGAUCGUACACGGGGAUUACAAGUUGGACAAUCUGAUCUUCCAUCCUACGGAAAAUCGAGUUAUUGGGAUACUGGACUGGGAACUGUGCACGCUUGGAAGUCCGUUAGCAGACUUGGCGAACUUGACACAACCGUGGUCUCUAGACCGUUCAAUGUUCCCUGCAGCCUUCCCGCCAGAGAAAUUCCCCCAACUUGUCCCAUUCAAGAAUGAUCCUGAUGCACCCAUCACGCUCGAAGAACUUGAACGCGAAUAUUGCCGACUUACGAACCAGCCAUACCCUAUUACGGAGAUGGUAUUUGCCAGGAGUUGGAUGCUGUUUCGCUUGUCGAUCAUCUCGCAAGGUAUAGCCGCACGUUAUGCCCGACGGCAGGCAAGUUCGGAGCGGGCAUUUAUUCACGCACAGUUAUUCCCUAUCGUUGGGAAAAUGGCCUUGGUCACUCUUCAGGACGGUGGGGAGUCGAUCCAAGAGAAGCCAAAGCUGUGAUCCACUUUUAUCUACUUGAAUGUUUGGGACGUUACAUGAUGUACAUUAUUGCGUGGCAUGUAUGGUGUCUACAGGUAUUGAGGUUAUGAGAAGUACUAGGAAAACAGGGCGAUGCAGUACGACAGCGACCAGCCAAGACAGCGAAGUACUAAUCCCAGAAUGAACAUGAACGAUCAAG